GAUGGCGCUUCCACUACGACCCUCAGUGCCAAGCUCCCUCACAACGGAUAUGGCGCUUGUGUAUGGGUCCGCUGGGGUCGCCGGAGUCGAAACUCACGUCAAGAGUCUCAUCGCGGCCGCAGAGGACAACGUCAGACGACUCACGACGCAAAUCCACGAGUUGACUCUCGCACGGGAUAGAGAGAACGCCAUCCUGAUCCGACUUCGCCGCCUCGUCACUCCCAUCGCUAAGCUUCCGGAGGAGGUGCUCGUGCAGAUAUUCAAACUCGUCUUCGCGACACCCCGCUUUCAUCCCCAUGACGACUUUAUGGGCCGCUACGGGUUCAACUCGACGGAGCGGACUAUGUACAGCGAUAAGACGGCGGCUAUGCGCAAGACGCUCGGUCUGGCCAGAGUGUCGACUGUGUGGCGGCACGUGGUUGCAAGCAAUCCAAGUCUAUGGACAGACUGCAUUGUCAGUGUUACGAUGGAGCGCACAGGAGAGAGCGCCUUGGAAGGAUUGAAUCGGUUACUCGGUCGCUCCGCUCCAUACCCUGUGUCCCUGUCGCUGUGUUGCCCGAAGGAAUCCGCACUUUUCCAUCCUCCAAGCGUAGAGAUACUGAGGUCCACCGCCGGACGGUGGAGGAGCGUCGAGAUGGACUUUGACUCGUUGCAUCACUUGGCGGGCUUCGGGACUACACAGUUCCAUUCACUAGAGCGGCUACGCAUAUAUCGCGGGUCUUAUAACCAAAAGCAAGAGGACACCGACUUGUUUCUCGACUCACCACGCCUUUGGCAUGCCAACAUCGAGAGUGAUCGGCCGGACCGCAUUCGAUUGCCGUACUCGCAGCUCACCGUGCUCGAGCUGGUCGCGGACUCCGCGCGGGCGUGCCGAGCGGUGCUGCUGCAGUGCACGAACCUCGUGAAAGCGAAGAUCUGCGCCGACCACCAGUGGGAUGGGUCGCCCUUGGCCGCCGCGUCCCCGCUGGUCACAUUCCCGCACCUGGAGACGCUGGAUCUGGAUCUGGGCGAGGGCCUGGCGGAUGACGACGUGGAUUCGAUGGACGCAUUUCUCUCCGUGCUGGACGCCCCCGCGCUGACGAAGCUGGUCGUGUGCUGGGACAGCGUCUGCAACUGGUCAGGCAGCCUGUGGCCGACGCCCGCCGUGUCUGACUUCCAGCGGCGGUCGCCCAAGAUCGCGUCGCUCGAUCUGCAGUUCUGCAACAUCGAGCGCGACGAGCUGCUCACGUUCCUGCGGUUCGCACCGUGUCUGACGGAGCUGCGGAUCCGCUACUCGUGGAACUGCGUGGACGAUCUGCUGCUCGAGGCGCUGCGCGUGGGCCAGCAGCCGCCGUCCGGGGUGCCGCUGGUCCCGCGGCUGACGGAGAUCCACUGGAACUGCG